UUUUUAUAUGUAAAGCUACACACUUUUUGCCCGGCUGCUAGUGUUUGUGAGGGCGGAUACGAAUGUGUAUAGAGAAUAUAAAGGCAACAGGCAGUUAAGUUUGCCAAACGUUCAGUACGUAGCGAACGGCUCGACAAAGUAGUCAUUGAGAUAGAAGAGGAAAAACAACACAACACUGAAAGUUGGAGUGAGUCAUCCAGGAAGGCGACGCUAAACGGCUUCAGUAUGGAGAUCAGUUUAAUAACGCUGGCCCUUCUGGUCGGCCUGUGUGUGGCAGUUUACCGGUAUGUUACGAAAAAUAACUUCUACUUUGCGGACAAACCCAUCCCGUUCAUGAAACCAUCGUUUCUGUUCGGUAAUGCUGGUCCAAUGCUGAUGAAGAAGGUGACACUGUUUGAGCACUUUAAAAAUCUGUACGAUGCAUUUCCAAAUGCGAGAAUACACGGUACGUUUAACUUGCGCCAGCCGGCCUAUAUAGUGCGUGAUCCAGACCUGGUGAAACAGAUCACGGUGAAGGAUUUCGACUACUUUGUCGACCAUAUGACUACCGGUUUUGAGGAUACAGAGGGGAACAGCCACUUGCUGCUGUCCAAUUCGCUUGUAGCGCUGCGUGGACAAAAGUGGCGCGAUAUGAGAGCUACUCUCAGUCCUGCCUUUACCGGCAGUAAGAUGCGUCUCAUGUUCGCCCUGAUAGCCGAAUGCGGCCAAACGAUGGUGGCCCAUUUCCGGUCAGAAGAGCAGAAGGCCGGUGGUACCGGCGUGCAGCUUGAGAUGAAAGAUGUAAUGACGCGCUUUGCAAAUGAUGUAAUCGGAACGGCCGCUUUCGGUAUCAAGGUGGAUUCGUUCCGCGAUCCAGCAAAUCAGUUCAUCAGCAUGGCCCGAUCGGUUACUAAUCAGGAAUCGUUUGUAAAAGUGCUUAAAAUGCUAGGCUUUACCUUCGCGCCAAAGCUUAUGAUGCGGUUAAACAUAGACUUUCUUACACCGGAAGAGAAUCGGUUCUUCCGCGACACGAUUCUGGAGACGAUGCGGACACGCGCGGAUAAGGGCAUCUUCCGACCGGACAUGAUCGAACUCUUGAUGCAGGCGAAGAAGGGCAGUCUGAAGCAUCAGCAGGCAGAAGAACCAAAGCAGGAAGCGGGAACGGGCGACGGCUUUGCCACUGUCGAGGAGUCACACGUUGGGCGACGCGCUCACGACCGUGUCUGGUCCGACACGGAGCUGAUUGCGCAGGCAUUUAUAUUCUUCUUUGCCGGUUUUGAAACUAUCUCCUGGACGUUAUCCUUCGCGCUGUACGAACUGGCAGUUAACGACGACAUCCAGACACGGUUGUUUGAGGAAGUGCAGGAAUCGGAACAGUCGCUCGAGGAAGGGAAAUCGCUCAGCUACGAAAAGCUGCAAUCGCUGCCGUACCUGGACAUGGUCAUUUCGGAAACACUUCGAAGAUGGCCGAUUGCUACGGUGCUGAAUCGGGAGUGCGUCCGGGACUAUCAGUGCGAUGAUGGGCACGGUGCGAAGUUUACCAUUGACAAGGGUGCGCUGAUCUUCAUACCGAUCGUCGGUAUGCACUUUGAUCCGCAGUAUUAUCCCAAUCCGGAACGUUUCGAUCCGGAACGGUUCAAUGAGGAGAACAAGAAAAAGAUUCAAAGUGGCACGUAUUUACCGUUUGGUGCUGGGCCACGCAAUUGCAUUGGUUCCCGAUUUGCGCUGAUGGAGGCGAAGGUGGUCCUUUACUAUUUGUUGCUACAAUUCCACGUGAAACCGUACUCGAAAACGCAGAUUCCAUUAAAGUUGAAAAAAUCAUCUACCCAGUUCCAAACCGAACAGGGCAUUUGGUUGGAGUUCCAGUCGAGAAGCAGCUAGAAUCGAGCGCAACGCAACAAUGCUACAAGUUGGUGAUAAUUUUAAUAUCUGUAGUUGUUAUAGGUUAAAAUAUCAGCAUAAUAUAUAAUCAUCCAAUCACG